AUGAUUGUUUGUCGCGAAUAUUUUACUGGGCCACAAUGGUCAUAUCCAGUCAAUAAUCUAAUUAAUAGCGGUAUUCCAAGAGUUGAUGUAGCACCGCUACUACCAAAUUAUGGUCGUCCAGAUGUGAAAACGUUUUCCACUGUUCCAUUUCUUCCCAAUACAAGUACAGGUAGUCGCAUUCCAAUAGGUGGUGCAGCAGCACCAACUAAAGAUCGUCCAGACAAGAAAAAGUUUGCCAUUGUUCCGUUUAUUUUUAAUAAAAGAACAGGUUCUCGCUUUCCAAUAGGUGGUGUAGGACCACCAGGUAAAGAUCCUCCAAACGUGAAAAUGUUCUCCAGUUUUCGCUUAUACAAUAGCAGAGAAUUACCACCAAAAGUAGAUCUAAGAGGUUAUAUGACGGCGAUUGAAUACCAAGAUCACCUUAACUGUUGGUAA